AUGGUCACCCCAUCUCUAGCGAACGUCAGCCUUGAACCAACAAGAGGAGAUGUGGGACUAUCAUCCGAAAACACUGCAGCAGCGGAUGAUACGUCAGUGACACCACACUCAGGAAACUCACUUUCGCUCUCGGCCUUGCCUAUCAAUCCUGCCAUGGGCCCUUCCUGCGCCUCACUAGACAACCUGGCUACUAUAUUCUCCGCAUACCCACCUCUCGCAAAGUCACCAAAGCAGGAUGUGUCAACCGUCUCGGACUCACCCUCUCUCAGCCUCUCAGCUUUGCCUAUCAACCCACUUAUGCCUCACCUAGAAGCACCAAGCUCUCUCAGCACCACCUCGUUGACAAGCUCACAUUCUAUUGAGACACCCGAGCCGAAAGAUGUUCCCCGGCCACCAACAAAGACGGCCAAUAUCAAACACACGUUGAGAAGAGUACCUGGCUACGAAUCAUCUCUGUUCGUGUCGGCCUUGCCUAUAAACCCCGCUCUGGCAGACCUCAACACCAGCACCACAUCCGCAAAUAUAGAGACGGUCCCCCCUGCUCAACUUUCACCCCCAAGCCAACCAAAUCCUGGCCAACAGAGUCACACAUCCCCACUUUCAGCGAAUCGCAACCCAGGAAUUUCAACCCGGCACCCAACCAGGUGA